UUGGCUGCUGUUUCACGAUUUGUUUCCGAUUAUAAACAAGUUGGAGCCGUGGAUUGGUAUAAAAGAGCCGGUGCCCGGUUGACCCAUCAUCACAGCACCAAGAAACUCGGACAGCGAGGGAGCAUUCGGCCAAAGACAGCUAACCAGCAGAGAGACACCCACCCAAGCGACAGCAUGAAGAUAUUUGUGACGGUUCUCAUGGGCGCCAUGUGCCUCAGCCUCAGCCAGGCGGACAUCAGCUUGACCCAGGCGGGUUACAACUACCGCAUCCAGCAGCAGCAGCAGCAGCAGCAGCAUCAGCAGCAGCCUCCCAUUGUGGCCCACCUGUUGAACCAGCAGCUGCAGCAGCAGCUCCAGCCGCAGCAAUCCUCGCAUCCGGUGCUUCCCCCCCUCCCACUGCCCUACCUCCCGCCAGCUGGUCACCUUCAUUCUGCCCAGCCUGCCGUUCGUCCCACAUCCGGAUCAUUCCCUAUGCCCGCCGGUUUCCCCGUAAACUUCAUCCAGCAGCAGCGCCGCGCUCGUCCGCGUGUGAGGAUUCCCAAGCGUCCCAUUGUGACCAAAAACUUUUUCAUUCACUCGGCGCCCGAGGAGUCCGAGGAUGAGGUGCAGGACGAGUUGAACCAGUUGGCCCAGCAGCCUCGCAACCAUUACAAUGUGCUCUUCGUGAAGACGCCGGCUCAGACCAACCGCGCGGCAGCUCUAAACUUGGCCAAGACGCUCAAGCAGGAGAAGACCGUGGUCUAUGUGCUGGCCAAAAAGACGAGCGCCGCCGAUCUGCAGGAUGCCAUUGCCGAGGCGCCGCAGCAGAUCAACAAGCCGGAGGUGUUCUUCAUCAAGUACCGCACUCCCGAGGAGGCACUCAAUGCCCAGCGGCAGAUUCAGUCGCAGUACGACACUUUGGGAGGCAGUUCCACCAUCACCGACGAGGGAGUCGCGCCCAUCACCUCGGUGGUUGGCUCCUUGGAUCCCCCAGAGGAGGAGGAGGAGGAGCAGCAGCAGCCGCAGCAGCAGCAGCAGCUUCAUUCAGAGGGACACUUUGUGGAGAAUGGUGCUGGAAAUUCUGGCGUUGGUCCCAUCGGCAAUCAUUAUCUGCCCGCGAACCAGUUCUAAGUAUUCUUCAUUGCUCGUCACAUCCAGAUCUAGUUAGCUGUCAUCAAAACCGCCUAGUUUUAAGUGUUUGCCAAUGUUACCCAAACCCGUAUUAAAUUAGAUUGUUUUCAAAAACUUGAAAAGUAAAA